GCCACCCCACAAAAACACACACUAGCUACACACACUUCACUUUUAACUAACACCAUAAAUUCAACUACUCUUAUAAAUGGCUUCGCCAAAUACAACGUAAUCCUAUAAAUAUACCUCUCCCAAAUAAGAUUUCGCUACAUAUAUCAAAUUUAUUUAACAUGAAGACGCUUUUCGUCGUCGUCGUCCUCAUCCUCGUCCUGAUCCCGGCCAAUGCCGCGGCCGCGUCGUCCAAGAGCCAGUUCCUGGCCGUGCAGAACGCGGCCAGGGCGGCGCUGGGGCUGCGGCCGCUGGCGUGGGACCGGAGGAUAGCGCGGUACGCGGCGGUGUACGCGCGGCGGCGGCGCGGGGACUGCGAGCUGCGUCACUCGGGGGGGCCGUACGGGGAGAACAUCUUCUGGGGGAGCGGGGGCGCGUGGACGGCGGCGGAGGCGGCGGCGGACUGGGUGGCAGAGCGGCGGCAGUACAGCUACAAGUCGAAUUCGUGCGCGGACGGGCAGCAGUGCGGGCAUUACACGCAGAUUGUGUGGCGGGAGACGACGAGGAUGGGUUGCGCCAAAGUGGUGUGCGACGGAGGGAAGGGUGUUUUCGUCAUUUGCAACUACGAUCCGCCGGGGAAUUACGUUGGAGAGAGGCCUUAUUAGUUAACCUCAUUAGUAAUUACGCUAAACUAUACUGUGGUAUAUAUAUAUAUGAUUUUUAAUUAAUACUAUAAUACAUAUAUAUAGUUUGUAAUUUUUAAACUUUUUUGGGUGGUUUGUAACUAUGUAUAUAGGACAUAGCGCUACUAAUGAGGUGUAUCGCAAAAAAUAGAGAAACGGAGACGAAUGGUGAUAUGAUAAUUAAGUCGGUACAUCCUUCAUCUUUGAAAACUAUAAUGUUUGACUUUUAGUUGGGUAGACGUUACUACCUCCGUUCCAUAGUAAUGGAGUCAUUUUUUCAUUUU